AUGGCAACAGCUUUAUUUAGAUCACCGAAAAUCACUGACGACCCAACAGCUCUAGCUGAUUACCGCCUUCGCAAGCGGAAGGAAUUUGAGACCUUAAUUAGCCGUGCCAGCAGGAACAAGAGUGUGUGGGUGAAAUAUGCUGAAUGGGAAGAAUCACAAAAGGACUUGAAGCGAGCUCAUUCUAUCUGGGAACGUGCACUUGCAGUCGAUGCACUUCACCAUGACCAUACCAUCUGGUUGAAGUAUAUCGAUAUGGAGAUGAAAAAUAAGUUUGUUAAUCAUGCUCGUAACGUAUGGGAUCGAGCUGUUACUCUUUUGCCUAGAGUUGAUCAGCUGUGGUACAAGUAUAUUCAUAUGGAAGAAAUGCUCGGCAAUGUGGCCGAUAAGGCAAGAGCAAUUUUCAAGAGAUUCGUGCAGUGUCAUCCGAAAGUUAGUGCUUGGAUUAGGUUCGCGAAAUUUGAGAUGGAGAAUGGGGAGAUAGAGAGGGCAAGGAAUUGUUAUGAGAGAGCUGUGGAAAAGUUGGCUGAUGAUGAGGACGUUAAGCAGUUGCUUGUGGUAUUUCCGGAGUUUGAGGACAAAUUUAAAAAGAAGGGCAGGCCAAGGAAGUAUGAAAAGAAGAAAGUGAUUUUGAAAUUGGAGUAUUUCGACGAGAAAAUCAAGCAGAAGGCAAUGAUAAAUGUUUCUAGUCUUGAAGGGGUAGAAUCAAUUUCAAUAAACUCAAAGGAGAAGAAAUUAACAAUAACAGGAAACAUAGAUCCAGUUUCACUAGUUUUCAAAUUGAGGAAGCUCUGUUACACUGAUAUCCUCUCUGUUGGACCAGCAAAAGAGCCAGAGAAAAAGAAAGACGAAGGCAGUAAAAAAGAUGAAAGGGGUAAAAAGGAAGAAGGCAAAAAAGACGAUGCUAAAAAGGGAGGAAGAGAUAAGAAGAAGAAAGACGGAAAAGAUGAAGCUCAAGCUUAUCCCGCACCUAUGUUUUAUCACUAUCAGCAACCUUAUCAACCCACUGUUACUGUUCCUGCUUAUUAUAACUAUCCAAGUAUCGAAGAGGAUCCAAAUUCUUGUGUUAUCUUCUAA